AUGGAUUCUGCUUACAGUCGGUUCGAUUCAUAUGACUUCGAGGUGGAUCCGAAUUUCCAGAGUGGUUUGAAGAGUCUUCAGGCUUCCAGCGAGGAAACUGUUUUGGGGAUUAAAUUAUUCUUUUACAAUCGGUACGUGCUGCUGCUGACAUCUUAUUUUACCAAGCAUAUACAUGAUCACUAAAUGGGGAAUAAAUAGUACUUUAUUUGUUUAUUAUUAAAUAGUGGGCUCAACAACAAAAAUGUAAACAAUUGAGAUAGUGGGGCACCCACACUGCCACUCAGCCAGGUAUGUACAGAACUGACUGAUUAGGCGCCGCCAAACGUCACAUCGAUAGCUAAUAUGCCGGGCAAAUGUAAAUUCAAUCCAGCCUGCAGAAUAUUGAUGUUUAUUAAUGGUUUUGCCAGACCCAACCAGGGAUGUAGUAGAGGGUAAACGCCGUGGUGAGUCAGGCUACAAUGAAGGAGGCAAAGGAGAUACACAGCGAGAGGAAGCAUUGAAGCAAGUAGGGAGAAAGGUUAGUAGUACAGUGGUUCUCAAAUUUGGGGUCCAGGACCCAUGUGUGUCCCCUAAAAUGUAAAUAGUGUCCCCAGAGAGAAUCUUAAAUCUUAUCAAACACAUUAAUAACUUGUUUCUCUUCAAAUGGGUAUAGAAUACAACAUUUUAGAUUCAACUAAGGGCCUUGUGUGUUGGGACAGCCUGUGGGAGCUCAACUUUAGUGAAACAUAAAGACAAUUUAAACACAAAGAGAAUCUAAUAUUAUGUACAAAAAUAUAAACGCAACAAUUUUCAAAGAUUUUACUGAGUUACAGUUCAUAUAAGGAAAUCAGUCAACAUCAUCAGUACUGACUUACCACUCAUGUAUGUAGUAAAUAAGUAGUGAAACGUAUUAUUAAGUAGAACUUGUAAGGUAGUGAUGAAUAGUAAGUUCGUGUUUUUUUUUAGGUUGUGGCGAUAUACUGCCAUCUGGUGGCGACUAGAAACAAUUGCAUAUAGGAACUAUUACAAAUUGAUGGUCCUUGAAAAUAAAUAUUAGCGCUUGAAAAGUACUUGAAAGUCAUUGAAUUUGGCUUGCCACUGUCUGUACGAACCCUGUAGUGGGAUGAUAUAUUUAAUUAGAACAAAUUUACUUUUUAUUUUCAAGAGGAUCAUUUGUUUACAAGUCUCCCAAUAGGAGGUCCUUAGUUUUUGGGUUGACAAGUACAACAGCUGUACUCUCCUCUGUAAGCCAUUUUUUCCCCCCGAAAACCAAAGGGUAUUGAAAUGACCAUGGCUAUACAUCUUACAGAUUGUGACUAUUUGUUUGUUUUUCACAUUCUUCAUUGUAUUUAUCCUUGCCAGGUUUGUCGAGCCCAUUGACUUGGAUGGGUAUAAACAAUGGCGUGUAAGUUCUACUGCCCUGUCCUCGACAUCCUCCACGGGUGACAACGUUGAACAGUUGGAGAAGUUCAACCACUUGACUAUUGCAGAUUCAAAUUCUGGUGUUUGUGAAAGUACCACUGGUGGGACGUCAGCGAACACAGAUGCACCCCUAUCAUUUGAGGAAGUGAUCCGGCUAGUCCAAGCAGGAGAGGAGGUCCCAGGCCUGUCAAAGCUGGACAUAAAACCUAAUAACCAAACUCCAACUCCCUCGCAGAUGGAGAGGAGGCCUAAACCCUGGGAGAACUCUUAG